UUCGCCCUGCAGGAAGCCUCAGUACGCACGUGCUGCAGCCACCUUGGAGCACACUGCGGUGCGAUUGAAUGCAGUGAUCAUGACGCAUUGUUGCCGGAAGGCUAGACAGCGAGCGUUCGCUUUUAGCGCGACCUCGACUGGAAAGCAUGAACCAGCUCUGGCUAGCGCGUGGCGUUCGUGCGACCGAGCGCACACUGUGGCCGAGGCCCACGUUGACAUCGUUACGUCAGCUGGUGGGAGUGAGUUCGACAUGAAUCUGCCUGGCAGUUGUUGGCGUACAGACCGUUUUCAGACAGGGAGCAUCGAUGAGCCGAUGUUUGCGCGGUUAUCGGAGCGUCCCCCCGCUGCCACCGUGUUACCUUAAAGUGGUUGUUGCUGUCUAAAAAAAGAACACCACGGGAGAAUUUUGGGCGGCCGCGCGGUGCCGCUGGCGGCCCAAGUCUGGAAGCGACCGCCGAGAUGAAGACCCUGCGCAGCAGCCCGCAUGAAAUUACGUAUGGCCUGAUCUUCCUGGUCGGCUUGACUUUAGUGUGCGCCGGGCUCGCCGUGUUUCCGACGUACAGCAGGAGCCUCGGACUCGCACUGGUCGUCGGCGGAGUGGUGGUUGUCGUCACGGGAGCGCUCAUCGUGGACUCGUGCGCCACCCACGCAGCCGCCUCCGGGCAGUGCCGGCCGCCGGCCUACGAGGCGGUAAUGGCGCAUCGCGAGGAAGACGACGGCGGCGAGACGCUGUUCCUCGGCCCGCGGCCAGGGUCGACGCGACGGCAUUGGAGCCUCCCUUCUCCCUGGUGCACUUGCGCUGCGCCGAGCCAGCGCCUGCUUGAAUUGAGCGGUGUCAACGACCCUCGCACCGGGCGCAAACUGAGCGCGCAGCUGCCGCGCAGCGACCGCAGUGAGCGGGAACGCCUGCAGGGCCGCUUUGUCUACGCGCUCGAGCUCCCAGCCGCCCACCCCCACGGCUCGGCGGCCAACUAUUUGAUCUGGUCGGCAGGCGAGUCGUGGUCGCCGGAACGCCACGCUAUCGGCGGGCCGAGCGUCCUGCCAGAUGCUUCCUUCGACGGGGCCUCGCCCGUGCAUCCUGCCCGUGUAUCGCGCGGCGGCGGAAAGUGCGCACCGCGACGCUGCGAGCCGCCUUCGUACGACGCCGUGCUGGCCGGCGACCUCCGCGGCGGUGCCGGCGGCCUCGCGUCGCCCCGCGGCCGGAUGACGCGGGGCCGAUCGUCGGCACCCGAGCUCCUACUCGGCUCGACCCUGUCGACCGCCGCGGCUGCUCCCGUCGGCCGUGCGGACCGCUAGUUUGCACCCCGGCGUCGCGCACUGCUGCUGCUCAGCGUGGCAGCAGGCGCGAGGAGUCGCAGCAGCUGUUGUGUCUAUGAAACUAGAGAGACUUUGCUCUUCGAAACAGCGCGGACGUUUAUCGGCGAGCGCACAGCUGCGCGGCAGUCCGUGUUUGCGCGGCGCAGUGCUGCGCACGGGAUCUCGUCGGUGAGUCCCCCUCUCCGGCUCCAGACCUCACACCCUCCUAUUCGUUCUGCAGCGGGGCUCUCGGCCACGCAUAUCAGAGGCAAUGGCCGACGCGGUGGAGGGCACGAUUGCGUACCGAAGAGGCGCACCGUAGCUGUUUCGGGGCGGGAGCCGGCAGAACCGUGUGCACAGCACGAGAUCGUGCGCUGUUUCUCUGUAAAGGUGGUUCCAAGAAUGGAGAUGAAACACAGCUGCGGCGGGACGGCCACUGCCGAGAGUCCAUGAAGCGCAGCACCCUCUAUGCGAUCGGGGCCUUCCUCGUGGCCCUGUGUGUGGCCGGCAUCUUCUGCAUCAUCCUCGCCGACAUCACCGUCGGCCUUUUCAUCAUCGGCACAGCGCUUACCGUGGCCCUCCUGUUCGGCAUCGUGUGGAUGGGCCGCGCCUGCUACGGCGGAAUGCCGCGUCGGCCGUCGCUCAGUGUCUCGACGGACGAGCAUUGCCAGCCGCCGGGAGACUCCCUCAUGGCCAUCGACAUUCCGCCCUAUCCGGCGCCAUCGGAGAAGGCCAUCAGAGACGCGCACAGUGACAGGGCCGACUCAAGGGCCGUGCUCUACAAAAGCAGAGACGGGGCCGUAGUCAUAACGAAGAGGCCACCUGUUCUCAGUGACUCGGACAAUGAUUACAGCGGAGUUUAUCUUUAGGGGGCCGCAGAGCUCUUACUGAAAGCGUGCCGUUCGCCCAAAAUAUCCGCCGCGACAAAGAAUUGAGGCUGUUGACUACGUUCGUUUACUUUUCCUAUGGUUUAAAGCUUGCGUUCCAAAAUACCCUGCCGGUCAUAUGACAGGAAGUUGAAGCGCCGCUGCUGUUUCUAUCCCGUGUACCCCUUGUUUUUUUUCGUGCAGCUGCUUCGUGGCCUGCCGAUAACACACGGUCGUCACCUCGACUGCGUCCGCCGCAUCUGUUGCGGGCAGAGAACUGCACAUGUGCGCCGGCCUGGCGUGACCCGUUGGCUCGCGUCUGCCUCACUUGUCACCUUGCCGCAGCGCUAGAUCUCCAGGGAUACGCAACAACAGUUCCAGAGCGACAGGCGCGAAGCUGUUGCUACAUUCCACGUCCCUGAGCGUGAUGGCAGAGCAAAACACGGGGCCGACCGAGAUGCGCUUGCCGGGCAGCUGAGAGAGGCCAGCGCGC